UGGUUUUUUGUUUGUUUGUUUCUAGGUUUCUCAGUUUGGGUGCAGGUCAUUUGCUUUGCUUUUUGAUGACAUUGACCAUAACAUGUGUGCAGCAGACAAAGAGGUAUUCAGUUCUUUUGCUCAUGCCCAGGUCUCCAUCACAAAUGAAAUUUAUCAGUACCUAGGAGAGCCAGAAACUUUCCUCUUCUGUCCCACAGAAUAUUGUGGCACUUUCUGUUAUCCAAAUGUGUCUCAGUCUCCUUAUUUAAGGACUGUGGGUGAAAAGCUUCUACCUGGAAUUGAGGUACUGUGGACAGGUCCCAAAGUUGUUUCUAAAGAAAUUCCAGUAGAGUCCAUUGAAGAGGUUUCUAAGAUUAUUAAGAGAGCUCCAGUAAUCUGGGACAACAUUCAUGCUAAUGAUUAUGAUCAGAAGAGACUAUUUCUGGGCCCAUACAAAGGAAGAUCCACAGAACUCAUCCCACGAUUAAAAGGAGUCCUCACUAAUCCAAAUUGUGAAUUUGAAGCCAACUAUGUUGCUAUCCACACUCUUGCCACCUGGUACAAAUCAAACAUGAAUGGAGUGAGAAAAGAUGUAGUGAUGACGGAUAGUGAAGACAGUACUGUGUCGAUCCAGAUAAAGUUAGAAAAUGAAGGCAGUGAUGAAGAUAUUGAAACUGAUGUACUCUAUAGUCCACAGAUGGCUCUAAAACUAGCUUUAACAGAAUGGUUGCAGGAGUUUGGUGUACCUCAUCAGUAUAGCAGUAGGCAAGUUGCACACAGUGGAGCUAAAGCAAGUGUAGUGGAUGGGACUCCCCUAGUUGCAGCACCCUCUUUAAAUGCCACAACAGUAGUAACAACAGUUUACCAGGACCCCAUUAUGAGCCAGGGAGCAGCCUUGAGUGGUGAGCCUACAGCUUUGACCAAGGAAGAAGAAAAGAAACAACCUGAUGAAGAACCCAUGGACAUGGUAGUGGAAAAACAAGAAGAAACGGACCACAAGAAUGACAAUCAAAUACUGAGUGAAAUUGUGGAAGCUAAAAUGGCAGAGGAAUUGAAACCAAUGGACACUGAUAAAGAGAGCAUAGCUGAAUCAAAAUCCCCAGAGAUGUCUAUGCAGGAAGAUUGUAUUAAUGAUAUUGCACCUAUGCAGACUGAUGAACAGACAAACAAGGAGCAGUUUGUGCCAGGUCCAAAUGAAAAGCCAUUGUACACUGCAGAACCAGUCACUCUGGAGGAUUUACAGUUACUUGCUGAUCUGUUCUACCUUCCUUAUGAACAUGGACCCAAAGGAGCACAGAUGUUACGGGAAUUCCAGUGGCUUAGAGCAAAUAGCAGUGUUGUCAGUGUCAACUGCAAAGGAAAAGACUCUGAAAAAAUUGAAGAAUGGCGGUCACGAGCAGCGAAGUUUGAAGAGAUGUGUGGACUAGUGAUGGGAAUGUUCACUCGGCUCUCCAAUUGUGCCAACAGGACAAUCCUUUAUGACAUGUACUCCUAUGUUUGGGAUAUCAAGAGUAUAAUGUCUAUGGUGAAGUCUUUUGUACAGUGGUUAGGGUGUCGUAGUCAUUCUUCAGCACAGUUCUUAAUUGGAGACCAAGAACCCUGGGCCUUUAGAGGUGGUCUAGCAGGAGAGUUCCAGCGUUUGCUGCCAAUUGAUGGGGCAAAUGAUCUCUUUUUUCAACCACCCCCACUGACUCCUACCUCCAAAGUUUAUACUAUCAGACCAUAUUUUCCUAAAGAUGAGGCUUCCGUGUACAAGAUUUGCAGAGAAAUGUAUGACGAUGGAGUGGGUUUACCUUUUCAAAGUCAGCCUGACCUUAUUGGAGACAAGUUAGUAGGGGGGCUACUUUCUCUGAGCCUGGAUUACUGCUUUGUCCUAGAAGAUGAAGAUGGCAUAUGUGGGUAUGCCCUGGGCACUGUAGAUGUGACACCCUUUAUUAAGAAAUGUAAAAUUUCCUGGAUUCCCUUCAUGCAGGAAAAGUAUACCAAGCCAAACGGUGACAAAGAACUCUCUGAAGCUGAGAAAAUAAUGUUGAGUUUUCAUGAAGAACAAGAAGUAUUGCCAGAAACUUUCCUUGCCAAUUUCCCUUCUCUGAUAAAGAUGGAUAUUCACAAAAAAGUAACUGACCCAAGUGUGGCCAAAAGCAUGAUGGCCUGCCUCUUGUCUUCACUGAAGGCUAAUGGCUCCCGGGGAGCUUUCUGUGAAGUGAGACCAGAUGAUAAGAGAAUUCUGGAAUUUUACAGCAAGUUAGGCUGUUUUGAAAUUGCAAAAAUGGAAGGAUUUCCAAAGGAUGUGGUUAUACUUGGUCGGAGCCUGUGACAUUUGUUGGUACUAUGAACUGUCUAGGUCUCUUUAACUCCACCUGUGGGUGGUGGUUGAGAUCUUCAUACAGUUUAGUCUUAGGAGCAGCAACAAAUCAACCAGUUGGAUUGGAAACAAAGAAGACUAUGUAAAACUCACCCAUCACACUUUUCAGACUGCUCACUGGUUGGAAGAAGAUAGUAUUGCUUUAAAUCUUGUGUGAAACAAAGAUGUGGGCCGCCUUUUGGGGUCUGGUGUUAGGUGCUGAGACUCUUACCUGGGCUUAUAUAAGGAAGGGGUCUUCAAUAAAUGUAGUCAGCACUAUUUUCUGCAUCCAGUGUGGUUGCAUUUCUCACCUAAGAGUGAUCAAAAUUACUUCUGUAAUCCUCCUUUGUUUAUUGAAUUAAAUGUCUCUGAGUCUUUGGGGACAUGGCAGAGACUAGAAAGAUUUAGUGGGUUUCAGAAGCUUAAGGGUAGAGAGAUUCCAAGUGGGGGGAUAAUUGUGGCAUUAGUGGAAGCUGAAUAAAUGAUUUCAGUUUGGGAAAGUUAUUCUGCUUUUUGGAAAGCCAUGGCCAAUUGUCUUCUGUAGUGACUAUUGGUUCAGGCGUGGUAUGCUUUGUAGGGACAAAUGUGCAGUGCAGUUGUUUAUGGCAAAAGCCUAAAAUUGACAGAUUUGUAAAUUUCUUUGUAUAUAAAGUAGCUGUAACUUGACUAUCCUUUGUGUUUACUGUUUUGUAAUUUUUUUCCUCAUGAAAAUGAAAGAGUGUCAGGAUAGCACUUUGAAUGCUGUAAAUGAGUAGAGGGUGGAUUUUCUUGUCUUUUUUUAAGUUUUAUUAUUUUUAAUGUGUUUUACAUUUAGGCCUAGGCCAUGACCAUUUUGGGUAUAAGAGCCUAAUUUUAGGACUCCAUCUGUUGCAAGCUAUAGUCACUUCUGGAAAUAAACCUCAGUAGCUGGUCAGCAUGUGAAAUGUUGAUAUUGACAUCUGUUAAGGGACUGAAUGGCCCCAAUUUGCCCUUAGGUCAUUUGUCCUUUAAUCUCAAAACUGAUUACUACUGGUUUUAUUAAAUCAGAGUUUUUAAUUCUUGCAUGUUUGUAUCUAGUUUUUAAAAGAAAGAAUGAGCACAUUUUUAACCAAUGAUUUAUGGCUACCCUUUUAUGUAUUUUCAUUUAGAUAUAUUUUUAAGCGUUCUGAGCAUGAGGCGACGAGUAAUCUCUUUAUAGGAUUCAUUUUUUCAUAAUGGCUGCCUGACUUUUCCAUUGAUUUAUAACAGUAUUUUGUUAUCUUGCUUCCCAAAAGUUUAACUUUGUGAGGGGAAGGGAGUAAAGAGAGAAGGAAACUUGAAAACAUUUUCCUUCGUAGAACUCCAGCAGUGUGAGCUUUGAAUGAGUCUUAAAGCAUUAUACUUAGUGACUUCCAACCAGGACCUAUGAGUAUGCACUGAAUGGGUGAGAAGGGAGGGAAGUUUGCCCUUCAUUUUUUUAGGGUAGAAAGAAUAUCUAUGUUGGAAAGCUGGAACCAAGUUUGCAUUUUUGAGGACUAAGAUGAAAGAAGGGAAGCUCCUUACUAGGUAUUAAUACAUCUGAAUGUUACCCAAUUUUCUUGAAUAUAUCUAACACUAGUGGACAAUUCUAGUAUUUUAUCUGGAAGGUUUCAGGAUCAUUCUCAUAUGGAAUCAGGAUUUUUAGCAAGUUUGCUUUUGGUUUUAUCUUGGCUUUUAAUAAUCACUUUGGCCGGUCUUCUGGUCACAGAUGUUAACUGUAAAACAGAUGCCCAGGUUUAAACUUUUCAUCACUCUUAAGAUCAUAAAGUACUAUGCUAUUCCAUGAUUAUGAAUAUUUAUUAGGGUUGGAAUGACAUGUCAUUGAUUGUUUAGAUCACAGCUCGGUUCCUGUAGAAAAUGAACUGUAAAACUUAUCUGAAGACCAUGCAAGAGGCAAAAUAAAACUUGAAGUGAA